UCCGCCUGAUCACAAUGAUUGCGCCCAUCACGGCAUCACCCGCACUCUGCACACCAGGCGUCCGGUCCCACCUAGGAAAGGAAAGCUGCACGGUGCCUAGCCGCCGGCCGGAAACGCCCCAAACGGCCAAACCCCUCGCAAUUAACGCCCGAGCGCCGCCGCUAUCCGCUCGCCUCCGCACCCCGCACUCUCGCCACCGCCACCGCCACCGCCGCACCCGGCCCCAACCCCCCUAAAGGGCUAAAAACCUCCGUCGGGGGAGAAGAUGGCCGACCAGGCGGCGGCGGCGGCCGCGGGCGACGCGGUUUUCGCGCGGUGCCUGCUGGCGCUCUACCUCAUCAGCCCGCUCACCGUGCUGGCGCUCCGCUACGUCUCCGCGCCGUACGGCAAGCUCUCGCGCCCGGGCUGGGGCCCCGCGCUCCGGGCCCCGCUCGCGUGGUUCCUGAUGGAGAGCCCCACCCUCUGGCUCCCGCCCCUCGUCCUCCUCCGCUCCACCCCGCCUUCCCCGCCCCCGCUGGUGGCGCUGCUCUCCAGCCCGCUCGCGGCCCUCCCCGCCGUGCUCUACGCGUUCCACUACGCCCACCGCACGCUCGUCCACCCGCUCCGCCUCGCCCGCCUGCGCCGCGCCCCGGCCCCCGUGCCGCUCCUCGUCGCCGCCUGCGCCCUCGGCUUCAACCUCCUCAACGCCUACGUGCAGGCCCGCUCCAUCACGCUCCACGCGGGCCGCCUGGCCACCCCGUUCGCCCUGGCCCGCUGCGCCGCCGGGCUGGCCCUCUUCGCGUGGGGGAUGCGGACGAACAUCGCGGCCGACAAGGAGCUGCUGCGGCUCAAGGAGGCCGGGGGCGGGUACAAGAUCCCGAGGGGCGGGUGGUUCGACCUCGUCACCUGCCCCAAUUACUUCGGCGAGACCGUGGAGUGGCUGGGCUUCGCCGUGGUGGCGUGGACGCCCGCCGCGUGGGCCUUCUUCCUCUACACCUGCUCCAACCUCGGGCCGAGGGCAAGGGACCACCGCCGCUGGUACUUGCAGAAGUUCGGCAGCGAGUACCCGGCGUCGCUCAAGGCGUUCGUCCCCUACAUCUAUUAGGUGCAGUACUCGCUUGGAGCUUCUGCAAAUCAGAGGUGGACAAAAAUUGUCUUCACCCAUUGAAGUCUUUUGCACCAUAUGUGUCUCAAUUUUUGAGAUUUCCCUGCCUCUCUCUGGUGCGCAAUGACAGGAAGAUUGUGUGAAUCAUUGGAAUCAAAAUGCACCGUGCAUGGUCAGCGCUUAUAUAAAUAUUAUUUUCCGAAAAGCAAAUUCACUAUUCAUGCUA